AUGGCGCCGCCUAACACGCUUUAUAAAAGCAAUUUGACAGUCAGUUUCAUUUUAGAGCUACUGGUACGCAUGCCUGAAAAUUGUUUGAAAGGCUGAUGGCUUGGCUGAAUGGUCUUGCGUCAACCGGUACCCGCUAAUGUCAAACGCUUGUUAAUAAUGGUGGAACGGUUAGACGAUUAGAUUUAAAAUAAUUUUAAAAAUCUCACAGAAUUCGUGUGUUUUUGUAACAGAAAACGUUUUAAUAGGACAAGUGUUGUUAUCUGAUCGAAGGUAAGAUGAUACGAUAUUUUUAGUAAGUGAUUUUAUCUAAUAUAUGGACUGGAAUAUUAUCGAUUAUAUUAAUAUAGUAAAUAUAUUUAUGUAGUCUUUGACUUACUAAAUUUUGACUUUGUUGCCUUUAUUCCAUGGUUAAGAUUUUCCUUUAGUUCCCUUUGGUUAUAUGCACAGUUUGCAUCCAUUUAAAUAGUACUUGAAGCUAUUUUUUGGUAUAAAAAUUAUAUUAUUCAUUGACAUUGUUUAUUUUUAAUUGUUGUAAAGACAAUAGGGUUCAGUAAUUAAUAAAAAAAUCCCAUCUUAGUUUUGCCUUAUUCUGCUUUACUCUUUAGUCUUUAAAAUUGUUGAUAUAAAAUUUUUUCGUUCAUAAUGGCAUAUUUACUCAAAAAUUGAGUAAAUUUGAAACUUUACUAAAAAUUUCGAGUCUAUUUGCUCAUAAAUUUAAGUAAUUUUACUGGAAAUUUUCAAUCAUCGUCUAUCAAUAUAUUCAUUCAUAGUCUAUCAAGAAAAUUCUCUCCAUUUGAUCCGCACACGGGAAAGGUAGAAGCUAGCUUAUGAAACAUAUAUAUAUAUAUAUAUAUAUAUAUAUAUAUAUAUAUAUAUAUAUAUAUAUAUAUAUAUAUAUAUAUAUAUAUAUAUAUAUAUAUAUAUAUGUGUAUAAAAAUAAGUGUCCAUCCAGGGUCACAAGGCCUGGACACUACGUUUGAUCACUAUGAUCACGUAGUGAGCUCACGAGUGGAAGGAAAUAAAGUAAGCAAGACCUUGAGAAAAAAACUCAACAAAAAAUAUCGAAAUCAUAUAUUAUGCUCGUUCGUGGUACCACGUUCUUGAGCACUCUAUAGUUCAUUGUAUAGACUUAUGCGCGCCUCGUACUUAGCGAGUGUUGCUGCUUUGUCGAAUGUCAAACAAAGACAUAAAAAUAUGAAAUAUAUAUAAAUAUAUAUAUAUAUAUAUAUAUAUAUAUAUAUAUAUAUAUAUAUAUAUAUAUAUAUAUAUAUAUAUAUAUAUAUAUAUAUAUAUAUAUAUAUAUAUAUAGAAGGCGCCAAAACCGUGUAAUGUCAGCACGGUUUUCCAAAACCAUCCCAUCCCUUAUGAACUAGCGCUUAAUAGUUUUCCACAUUACAAGGAUAGUUGUCCUAAUAUAUCCCAAGAUUUUUUACGAUAUACUAUAAUAUCAGUUCAUUGUUUAUUGAAUAUAUUCAUGGCUUAAUUCCCAUUCAUUUUGCUUUGUGCAAUUUUUGGCCAUAUAUACGAUUACUGAGUUCAGCAUCAGAACAGGACUAAUUAUGUAUCCUGGGCUUUACCGUAAAUAUGUCAAACAAAAACUCCCCGAGCAUAUUGACUCAAAAACAUGGGUAAGAUAAUGCAUGCACCCACAGUGACUCUAAAUUUUGAGUAAAAUUACUUAAAUUUAUGAGCACUGAAUAGAGUCUUUUCAAAGUUUCAAAUUGCUCAUAAAUUUGAUUAAUUUUACUCAAUAAUUUUACUCAAACAAUUUUACAGUACAUUUGUGUGGCCAUGCAUAUACAGUACUAACGCCUGUGUUCUAAAAGCUCACUCAAAGAGUGGAGGUUCAAUCUGAGCUUCCCUUGAGCAUCAGUGCUGUUUUUGAAUAGCUGGAGGGUUAGUAGUCACAUAGUAAGGUACGGGACUAACCCUUCAGCAAUUCAAAAACAGCAUUGACACUCAAGGGAAGCUCAGAUUGAACCUCAACUCUUUGAGUGUGAGCUAGCUUUUAGAAUACAGGCGUAAGCAUCAGAAUAGACUAAUUAUGCAUCCCGUGACUUUACCGUAAACAUAACAAACGUUUAGUUUAAUCAUUUUAGCGAUGCAACCACGAUCAGGAAUUAUCUUCUUUUCCGUUGCUGUUAUUGCUGUGACUUUGGGAGAACCUUUAUUUGACAAGCUGCAUCCGAACAGAGAUGAGAGAUUUCAGAUAAAAAAUGCUGGUAAGUUUCAAGUGAACAUGCCAAUUUCUACCAUUUUAAUUUUUUCUAUAUUAUAGUUGCCUAAUUCUAACGUUUAGUCACCUUUGACUUUGUUCUAUAUUGUAUGUUUCGUAAACUAAAACGGUUGUAUUAAAAUGUGAGUUAUCCAAACUCACACAAUUCUCCAAUCCGAGAUGACGUCAUCAAUUUUCCAUCACACACUCUACAGAUCUAUCAUUCAGGGCGCGACUUACGUAGGUUUGAACAUUUUGUUUUUCCUGUACAUUUGUGAUUUGAGCAGAAUUUCCAUUGCAGUGAAAAUGUUUCACUCAUCCCAGUGGAAUUUCCAGUCAUUAUUUGUGUAGCGCGCUGAAUGUCCAAAACAGCAUGAAAUUUUCCGUAUAUAGACUAAUUUUAUUAGCAUGAAGAUCUCAAAUCUGCAUGGGGCGGGCAUUUUUGCCAAAUAUGAUAACGCUAACUCACAUCAGCGAAUUGUAUAUUAAGCCUCGUUUCCAUAUGAUCGUAACGGUCGAAAAGAUUGAGUCACGAUCAGCCGAAAUACAACAUUUUAGAACUGAAAAUACGCGGAGUGAUUAGAACUGGAGAAUGCUUAUGAUUUAUAUGUGGUUUACAGGUGCAUGUAAACUAUUUUAAACUGGCCGUUGAAAAAGAUCGUGAUUCUAUUUUUACGACCAUGUGGAAACCAGGCUUACGUACGAGUCACUGAAUCAUAUAGACAAUAGACCUUAUGCAUAAUGACGACACAAGGCUUGAUGCCCGCGAGGAAUGCUGGUCUUAGUAGUCAUCGCCCGAAAAUUAAACAAUUCAAAAUGGCCACUAUCGAAAUUUUCCCGGGCGAUGACUACGAAGAUCAGGAUUCCUCGCGGGCUUGAAGCCUUGUGACGCCAUUAUGCAUAAAGUCUAUUGUAUAUAAUGCUCAGUUAUAUAUUAUAUGGGGUAUAUACUAAGCAAUAGUAGCUACAUGUGAGUUCUUCUUUAUAGGUUAAGUGGGUUUUUUUUGCUAAACAUGGUGGUCAAAUUCAAAUUUAUUGACUUAUGGGAUCGAAAAAUUUUGAUGUUUCCAUUGCAUGUAUUUACCACCAAACUGUCUUCUCUGUUAGGAUUAACCAACCCAGAUAAAAUAGCUUUCACUCCCUAACACUUCGUAAGGCAGAUCGUGGCCAACCUGCAGUUAUCAGAGUGAAAAAUUAAUGUGGAAUUGGGAGAUAAGUUUAAUUUCGUGCUCCGAUAAGUCAACUGAUAAGUUAAUACCAUAAACUUGGGGGGUGGGUGACUUGUCCCCCAGCCCGUUUUGGCCCCUCCAGUGAACUAUGUAGUGUUUGUAGUCCCCCAGUGAAGGUUCUUAGAAUUCUGUCUAAAAUAUAACCAAAAAAGGGAAGAAUAACUUAGUUAAGAAGAGUAUUUUAGUAUUCCCAUGUCCAAAUAUUUGUCUAGCAGAUGAAAUAUAUAAAACAAUUGUGUCUAAAAAUACCGAAAAUCAAGCCCCAGACACUUAAAAAUACAAAUUUUUCGGUUUACCAACUCCAAGUUCGGUCUCUUUCUCUUGAUGGCCCCUCUACUGACACAUUCGUAAAAGAAGCCCUGGUCUCAACAUUUUCGAAGGUGACGACAGCACUUACUCAAACCGUCCAAUAAACAAACAUUAGCUAAUACUGUGUUUUGCAUUUCUUUCUAACAGAAUUUCAAAGUGUUGGUUGCUGGAAAGAUUCGCUUGAUACGAAAGCGCUGCUUCCACUUGAAAACAAACACCCGCUCCUUAUGGACGGCCAUGGCGAGGCUCGUGCCAAUGCCAUGAUGAAGUGCGCAGAAGCUGCGUGGGACCUGGGACUGAAAAUCUUUGCCCUACAAAAUGGCGGCGAAUGCAUGGGUGAAUCGGAGGGUGAACGUAAAUACAUGAAGUAUGGCAUGUCUAACCUGUGUCAUGGUUAGUACUAGAGCAGUAGUUGGUACAGAGCGUUGGCACUCAUUCCCCAGGGACCAACUCAACAAAAGCCAUGGCAGCCAUGUUGGUGUUCCACACAAAAGAGUCCAAUUAAAAUUAUUUUGAAUUGGAACACCAACAUGGCGGCUGUGACGUCAUGUGCAAACGCUCUAUUGGGAAUUCCUUUUUUUCUUAUUGCAGUAAUGCAUCAUGCCUCAAUGACCCCCUCUAGGACCGUUUGCCAACGCUCCCUUAUCAUCCGACUCUCAUCAACUUUGAGCUGGUUGAAAUUUUGAUGCGAGUUGAUGAGAGAUAAUUGCUCGUUCGGUAAUAUUUCACUGAACUCUCAUCAACACGUGUACAUGUUCUCGUUUGUUUGGGAUGUUAAGUAUGCUACUGAUGGUUGGGGAUAAGGUUUUCUUGCUCGAUAGGCGAUCCUUCUCUGACUUGAUGUGUUUGAAAACUGAUUAUUUAAUUCCUCCAUUUUACUGAUGCUUUUCACCAUAUCGAGUUAAGCAAAAAUCUAUAGAGAGUAUCUGUUUGGCUAUUCACUUAGGAGACUAUAUAUAGACUUUUAAAUUUUUCAAACAAAAAUUUCAAAUUCAUAAAAAAUAACUUUGGCAAAAAAGUUAGUAAGCUGUCGAUGUGUACUUAUGGGUUCAAAAUUCGACAAUAGCCUCAACUAGCCUUCCUCACGUCAUGUGACCACUCCUUGUCCACGAUUUUUCGGUGGCAAACCGCACAGCGAUAGACCUCAACAAGAGAAGAAGUGAAUUUAGUGACACAGUACUAUACUCCACUACUUACUCCAUCAAAUCACUACUUUCCUUGUUGUCAUCUUCUGUCGCUGCGCGAUUUGAUACCCAAAAAUGGCGGACAAGGCCUGAGAAAAGCUAAUUAUUUUAAACAAUUAUUCUACAGGCGAUGGUCUCGGAGGUCCAUAUGUCAACGAAGUCUACAGGUACCAAAUGACAUAAAAUUUUAAGAGGCAAUUUUUUUCAAUGUCACGUAUUCGCAAUGAAAAGUGUUCAAAACCUAAAAUCUUUUUGGCGUUCCUCUCAAAAAUUACUAUGUUUUAGCUUUAUUCUCUAGUUUAUAGAGUUAGCUACCUUUCUAAAUGCAUCUGCCGGUUGAGAAACAUAAAAUAAUAGUUAAAAAUUGUCAAUUAAAAUACAAUUAUCAGUGAUGCUAAACUGACGCCAUAUUUACAGUCAUAUAAGCAAAACUUACUGAACUUCAGACAUCAUUUUCUCUUUGGCGUAUCAUCUAAAAUCUCUUCAUUUUAGCAUUAUUUUACAGAUAAAGCACUAAACAUACUUUUUAAGCUUGUUUGCCGAUUGAGAAACGUAUCGAAAAAUACAAAUUUUGAAUUUAGUCAUAACCUCAAGUGAUAUAUUAUACGCAUUAGUUUUGAGCGCGUGUUACGUAACAUACAAAAAAAUCUUCUCUUAAAUUUUCAUGCAUUAUUGAAGAUUCGUGUGGAAACAUACGUAGGAUCGAACGUAUUCCCAUGAAGUAAAGAUGCUGUCCACAGAACAAAACCAUGGCUCUUCACGUAACGUUCAGGGUUACAAUAGUGAUAUCCAAUGAUCAAUGUUCCACUGUCUUUUCAUUGUUUUGAAAUCUCACUGUUCUCAAUGCCAUGCAGUCACAAUCCAAUGAUUGGAACGUUCCAUUGUUUUUUCAUUGUUUUGAAAAUGCCACUGUUCUCCAUGCCAUCCAGUCAUUCAUUGUUUUUUUCUCCCAGGUUCCUAGGCAACAAUGUUUUACCGCGUGAUGGAUCGUUCACUAACUGGCAGCAAUGGGGAGGAUGUAGCGCAUCAUGUGGCCCGGGGACUGAGACGAGAAUACGGACCUGCACUGAUCCAACGCCUUAUGGCGGAGGCAAAGAUUGUUCACGGCUGGGGGCUCCGUCCGAAACACGCAAGUGCAAUGUUGCUAACUGUUAA